AUUGGUUGUCAAACCUAUAACCUAACAAUACGCAAAAUAAGCCGUUUCAUCGCUCGCAAACAAAAACUAAAAUUACUUAGUUUUUUGGUGUUUUCCAAUUUUUUUUAUUAAAUAGUAAUAUUUCAAGCUAUCAAAAAUGAGCUCUAUCGGAACUGGGUAUGAUUUAUCGGCAUCCCAAUUUUCUCCUGAUGGUCGAGUAUACCAAAUUGAAUAUGCUGGCAAAGCCGUUGAAAUGAGCGGUACGGUAAUUGGAAUGCGUGGAAAGGAUGGUAUUGUGUUGGCCGUUGAGAAAAUUGUUACCAGCCAAUUAUAUGAAGAUGACGCAGCCACACGAAUUUUCACAGUUGAUAAAAACAUUGGUAUUGCAAUUGCUGGUCUACUCGCUGAUGGGCGAUACAUAGUGGAUAUUGCACGUCAAGAGGCUGCUAAUUUUAGACAACAAUUCGAACGUACAAUACCACUAAAACAAUUAACCGAACGUGUGUCAGCUUAUGUCCACGCGUAUACGCUAUACAGUGCGGUGCGUCCAUUCGGUGUGUCUGUUAUAUUAGCGUCCUGGGAUGAAGAGCAGGGUCCACAAUUAUACAAAAUCGAACCUUCCGGCACAUCAUUUGGAUAUUUUGCAUGUGCCAGUGGAAAAGCCGAGCAACAAGCAAAAACAGAAAUGGAGAAAUUGAAAUUUGCCGAAAUGAGCGUCGAAGAUUUAGUGCAGAACGCGGGCAAGAUAAUCUACCAAGUGCAUGACGAACUGAGAAAUAAAGAUUUCCACUUUGAAAUGAGUUUGAUCAGCAAAGAAACGAAAGGUUUACAUCGCUUAAAUCCUCAACCAUGGUACGAUCAGGCUGUUCAAGCGGGUCUAGCGGCCAAGAAUGAAGAUGACAGUGAUAAUGAGAUAUAAGAUGUUUUUUUUAAUUAAUUUAAAUCUCAAUAUUGUAACUAAUAUAUUUGAUUUUGCUAAAAAUGAUUCAAUAUAGUUUGACAUACUAAAUAAAAUCGCACAUAAUAUGUGAAGUCGAAAAA